CAUAACGAAAAGGCGAGGGUCUCGCUCGUUUUGUCGACGACUGUACCUGUAGUUCAGUGGAUUGCUCCUAUUUCCUUUCUCGAAUAUUGGUGUGAUUUGUGCAGUUUUUGGGUUAGGAUCUUCGUCGAGCGGUAAGUAUGGAGCUAUUGCAUAAGCAUAGUCUGAAAGGAACCUACAAUCUGGACUAGAAGCCUCGCAGUUACUGACUGUACAAACGGCGAGGAUGGUACCGCUGCGAGCGGACGACGACACGGCAGACAAUAAGCGGCGCGUUGCUCGGAGGGAGGGCGUGUCCCCACGGGAGACCGGGCGCCGGGAAUGUCACCGUGAAACGCGAUCCGCCCGUUCGGCAGGCGACCAAUGGCAGGCGCUCUUUGUGCCUGGCGCUGCGGCGGCCGCCGCUUCCGGAAGCCCGUGUCCCGACCUCUCGGAAUGCCGCGGCAGGGUGGGCCGGUCUGGGGGUGGGGACGGGGUAUUUCGGUUCGUGGUGCUCCUCGAAGGCCGUGCCGCCGAGGAGGAGGGGUACUGGGUAAAUAUAAAAGUGCGCGAGCGGCCGUGCCGGGCGCCUAGUUCCGCCGCCGCCGACCAGAGGGAUCGCCGCCCUCGCAGCCCGGACACGCUGUCGCUGGUACUGGUGCUGCUGUGCCUUGGGCUCGCCGGCGUCGCCGCGUGCUUCCUGGGAGCCGUGCUGUCGCGAGCCGCCAUGUCGUCCGCGGCCGCCCCCGCCGCCGACACCCCUGCCGAGCAGGCUGCCGCCGCCGCAGCCGCCCCCGCCAAGCCCGAGCCCGUCCAGCCCCCAGCGCCUGCCCCUGAACCCGCUCCAGCCGUUUCCGAAUCUACACCUACACCUGAAUCCGCACCGCCGGCUGCAGUCGCGGCCGAACCUGCACCCGCUCCCACAGCCACACCUGCACCUGCAGCUGGUCCAGAACCUACACCCCCAGUUGCGGUCGCUCCCGAAUCCGCUCCCGCUGCUGCUCCCGUUGCAGAAGUGAUCCCCGGCCCGGAGUCUGCUCCCGUGGCCGAGGCUUCACCGACAGAAACCCCUGCCCCUGCUCCUGAAUCCACUACUCCGCCAGCUUCAGAGACGGCUGCAGCCGCUACGCAGGAAGCCGCACCUCAGAAGGUUGCAGAAGAGAAGACCGAUGGUGCUAGCACAGCAGAAAUGCCAGCAGACACAGCUGCACCACAGGCUGAUUCGUCAUCGGUGGAAGUGAAAGUGGAAGACAAAUCAGAAGUACCAUCUUCACCAGAAGCAAAAGAACCAGAAGUUUUGGCUCCAAAUGAGGCACCAGCUCAGGAAGCUAGUGCAACAGAAACAAAUUCAGAAACUAAACUGGAGAAAGAGGAGCCAGCUAAAGUUGAGGAAGUAGCUCCAGCAGUUCCUUCAAAUCCACCACCUGCUGAAGAACCAAAAUCUCCUCAGCCACCAGUCGAGGUGCAGGUCGAAGCAGCAUCUCCCGAAGCACCAGUGCUAGCAGCAGCUGCCUCUCCUGUAGAAUCUGUUGAAAGCACAAGAGAGGUCGUUCCCCCAGUUGAGACAUCACUGCCUGCAGCACCGGCUUCCCCAACACCAGCUUCUCCAGUACCAGCUAAGACAGAAGGAGGACCCCAGAUCCCGGCAGAUGUGGCUGUGUCGCCAGUCUCGGUGGCUCAGCCUGAAUUAGCAGAUAGCCCAGUUCCAGAAGUGAAGGUCUCCUCUGAAGUACCAGAGGUUCCAGCAGCUGUAGAGCCUCCGUCAGUUAUCCCUCCUGUGCCAACAACUCCGGAACCACAGCCACUUCCACAGGAAGAUAAGCCAGAGAAUUCUCCUGCACCGGAAGCACCAGCUACUCCCACACCUGCUUCCGCCGCUGCCACAACUGAUGUCGUAGAGUCAUCAGAAAAUGUUACAGUUGUGGCUGUAGAUUCAGCAGCAGCAGCAGCAGUACCUGCUGAAGCAGAUUCUGCAGUUGCCUCAACAGACUCUGGCACAGACACGCAGGCUAAACCAGCAGCGGAAUAGGACUGAAGAAUCUGUGUUGGGACUAGAGGUACUAAGUGCGCCUAAGUGAAUGGUGGUGUGUGUGGCCAGUCAAGUAAUGGAACAUAUGCUUGUGCCUUUUCUACACCAUCAGUGGCAUCUAAUUAUUUUAGCCACGAAAAGUUCACCAGAGGACCAAGACAAAGCAGGCACUAAUGUGAUGCCGUAUGUAAUUAAAUCUGUAUUGAAGUUAAAAAAAAUACUCUUACUUGACAUUCUCCUUCCAAAGCAUUGUCACAAUAUAUUUACAUAACAUGUGUUACAAAGAGAAGUGGUUUCAUGCUUGUGAUGUAAAAAUUUUUAAAGAUAUGGAGACAGCAUUAUGGACGAUAUGCAGUUUGUAAAAUAUUGUAGGCAAGAUUGCGAGAUUGUUUCUCAUUGUAGUUCAGUAAGUGGGGAGUGGUUCUUUCAGUGGAUUCGAAUGUAGAUCUGAGUUGCGUCAGUUAUCUUACAUCACACAGGAAGCAAAAUUUGAUAAAUUUCUGGAUAAUUUUUUAAAAAUUAUGGAAAUAUUUUCUUAAGAUUUUGUAUUAUUAUCUGAAGUUUUGUAUGAAUUUUUCUGAUUUGUAGAUUUAGAUUUAGCAAAUAAAGAAUAUUUUUACUGACAUCUAAAUUUCAGAAAUUAAAUUUAUGAAUUGUGCAGUUUUUACAUUACCUUGAGAUCUCUAUAUUAUAUAUAAAUAUAUAUUUCUACAGUGUUUUAGCAUAUAAUUUAUAUUGUACUACAUUUGUAUAUCAUUGUAUUGAAAGUCUGUGUAUAUUAAGCAGCUGCAGAACUGACCAAGCUUACACAAUUGGCAGCUACAUUGCAGACCUAUGCAACGAAAUUAAGUGCACAAAACCUAGUGUCGUCAAAUUGUGCAUUUGUAUAACGUGAUAUUAUCUUGAAAAUUUUUUCCAUUUCAUCUUUUGUACACAUUGUCGGCCUUAAUUAUAUGUGAAAGUAUUGUUUGGCAAACUAUGAGAGUGUAAAAGUCUGAUACUAUAUUUUCAGCAUUGGAUUUGUGUACAGUUCUUAGUUUAAAAUGUUUUACAGCAUUGAUAUGUAAUAAAUAUUCUCCUUUAUAUUUGAGUAUUCAUUCCUUUGUUUUGUUUUGCUUUGAAUCAAUAGCAUAAGUUAUAGUGGUGCUUUGAAAGCAAUUUCUCUGUAUUGUAAAAGUAUACAUUAAAAUCUGGCAAAAUUC